UUAUUAUUUACCUGAACAUUCUCGUUACAUUCAAUUGGCAAUUUACCUUUAUUGAUAUUAUUAUCAUUCAGUGAAUUUUCUUUUUCAUUUAUUCUUCUUAAAUAAUAUUUUUUAUUAUAUUCUCUUCUCAUUUCAUUCUUAUCCAUACUAGAUUCACGGAGCUUUUCCUUAUUAUUUUGAUAGUAAUUCUUAUUAUAUUCUUUUUUCGCUAACUUUUUUACGUCCACAUUAUUGCCCGUAUUGCCCCUUCUAAUAAAAUCAUCAUUUUGUAUGAUUACUUGUUCAUUUUUCUUCUUUAGAUAGUAUUUUUGUUUAUAUGCUCGCCUCUUUUCUUUAUUAUUUUGUUGAUAAUUUCGAUUAUAAUCUUGUUUCUCCUUUUUGUGUUGCUGGUAGUAAUCCUUCAAAUAUUCAUUUUUCUUUAACCUUUUUUCUUUUUCAUUAUUUUCAGUUUUGUGCUUUUUUGUAACUUUGGCAUUUGGUUUUAGAGAUCCUUUAUAUUUUUCA